AUGUCUGCCACCGCAACCCGCUGGGCCGCCCUCGCGCGCGACACAAACGAGACGAAGAUCCAGCUCGCCAUCAACCUCGAUGGUGGCUCCUUUCCCCCAGAGACCGACUCCCGCUUGACCUCUGCCAAUGACGAUGCCCACGCUUCGCAAUCUUCCAAGUCGCAGCGAAUCGCCGUCAACACUGGCAUCGGGUUUCUGGACCACAUGCUGCAUGCCCUGGCCAAGCAUGCGGGCUGGUCUCUCGCGAUCAACUGCGUGGGCGAUCUGCACAUCGACGACCACCACACAGCGGAAGAUGUCUGCAUCGCCCUCGGCUACGCUUUUGCCACCGCCCUCGGAACGCCCACUGGUAUUGCGCGCUUCGGCUACGCCUACGCCCCUCUCGACGAGGCCCUGUCCCGCGCAGUCGUCGAUAUCUCCAACCGCCCCUACAGCGUUAUCGAUCUUGGUCUGAAGAGGGAGUGGCUGGGCAAACUAAGCUGCGAGAUGGUUCCCCACUGCCUCCAGAGCUUUGCGCAAGGAGCGCGAGUGACCAUGCAUGUGGACUGCCUGCGGGGCGACAACGACCAUCACAGAGCAGAGAGUGCAUUCAAGGCUCUCGCCGUUGCGGUCAAGAUGGCGACGAGUCGGGUCGCCGGUAAGGAGGGUGAGGUGCCCAGCACCAAGGGCACAUUGAGCGCCUAA